GUCGAGUCAGCGUAUAUAAGUCCAGCAAUAUCCCCAUUGUGUCAUAGUUCCAUUGAACAUCAACUCAAUCAUUUAACAUGUUCGCUAGGCUCGCCGUCGUUGCCCUCGCUGUGGCUGGAGCCCACGCUGGCAGUCUUGGGUACGGUCUUGCUGCUCCCGCCUACGGGGCUGCCAUCGCUGCCCCCGUUUACGGAGGAGCUAUCGCUGCUCCCGCCUAUGCUCCUGCCGCCUAUGGCUACGGAGCUGCUCUUGCCGCCCCUAUUGCUAAGGUGGCUGCCGCCCCUGUCGUUGCGUCGUCUUACGCCACCGUGACCAAACACGUCGCUGCCCCCGUUGCCUAUGCCGCCCCCAUCGCUAAGGUCGCCGCUGCCCCCGUUGCCUAUGCCGCCCCCAUCGCAAAGGUCGCCGCUGCUCCCGUUCUGGCUGCCCCAGCCUAUGGAGCUGCCAUUGCUGCCCCUGCCGCCUACGGUCUUGGCUACGGAUCUGCUAUUGCCGCUCCCGCUUACGGCCUCGGAUACGGAAAGGCUCUUUACUAAAUUACCUAUUAACUAAUUUCGAGAUCAUAAUGUAAAUUAAGUUCAAUGAAGAUUGUUGUACCCAAUAAAAUUACGAAUUGGGUAGUAUCAAUGUGA